AUGAUGUCAUCGGUUGCGACAGAAAGUAAACUCCAGCAGACUGUGAGCCUGCAGGGAGUUGACCCAGAAACAUGCAUGAUUGUAUUUAAAAACCACUGGGCACAGGUUGUGAAGAUCUUAGAGAAGCACGACCCCUUGAAGAACACCCAGGCAAAAUAUGGAUCCAUCCCUCCAGAUGAGGCCAGUGCCGUGCAGAAUUAUGUAGAACACAUGCUCUUCUUGCUAAUUGAAGAGCAAGCCAAGGAUGCUGCGAUGGGGCCGAUUCUGGAAUUUGUGGUCUCCGAGAACAUCAUGGAGAAACUCUUCCUUUGGAGCUUGCGGAGGGAAUUUACUGAUGAGACUAAAAUCGAGCAGCUAAAGAUGUACGAGAUGUUGGUCACUCAGUCGCACCAGCCUCUGUUGCACCACAAGCCCAUCCUGAAGCCCCUAAUGAUGUUGCUGAGCUCUUGUUCGGGAACAAGCACCCCUGCCGUGGAGGGGAAGCUGGUUGUCCUCCUCAAUCAGCUUUGUUCCAUCCUUGCCAAAGAUCCAUCUAUUCUGGAACUCUUCUUCCACACUAGUGAGGACCAAGGGGCAGCCAACUUCCUCAUCUUCUCCCUUCUGAUUCCCUUCAUUCACCGAGAGGGGACAGUGGGUCAGCAGGCCCGGGAUGCUUUGCUUUUCAUCAUGUCUCUGUCUGCUGAGAACAGCAUGGUGGCCAAUCACAUUGUGGAGAACACCUACUUUUGUCCAGUACUUGCAACCGGGCUCAGUGGUCUCUACUCUUCCCUGCCUACAAAGCUCGAAGAGAAAGGUGAGGAGUGGCACUGCCUUCUGAAGGACGACUGGCUCCUACUCCCUGCUCUCGUUCAGUUCAUGAACUCCCUGGAGUUUUGCAAUGCCGUCAUACAGGUGGCUCACCCCUUGAUUCGCAGUCAGCUUGUUAAUUAUAUUUACAAUGGGUUCUUGGUACCGGUCUUGGCUCCUGCGCUCCAUAAGGUGACUGUGGAGGAGGUCAUGACCACAACUGCAUAUCUGGACCUUUUCCUGCGUAGUAUCUCCGAGCCAGCAUUACUCGAGAUCUUCCUUCGUUUUAUCCUGUUGCACCAGCACGAGAAUGUCCACAUCCUAGAUACUCUCACAAGCCGAAUCAACACCCCAUUUCGGCUCUGUGUGGUGUCCCUGGCAUUGUUUAGAACUCUCAUCGGUUUACAUUGUGAAGAUGUGAUGUUACAGCUAGUUCUAAGGUAUCUGAUCCCUUGCAACCACAUGAUGCUGAGUCAGAGGUGGGCCGUGAAGGAGAGAGACUGUUACUCUGUUUCUGCGGCCAAGCUGCUCGCCCUGACCCCCGUCUGCUGCUCCAGCGGGAUCACCCUGACUCUUGGGAACCAGGAGAGGGACUAUAUUCUCUGGUCAAAGUGUACGCAUGAUAGUUCAGGGGCCGUGGAGCAGCCAGUGCCCCAGGUGUCGUCUCCGUCGGCCUGCAUCGUGGAGUACGGCAAAGCCCUGGACAUCAGCUACCUGCAGUACCUGUGGGAGGCCCACACCAACAUCCUCCGCUGCAUGAGGGACUGCCGAGUCUGGUCCGCCCUGUACGACGGAGACUCCCCUGACCCGGAGACGUUUGUCCAGAGUCUGACGGAGGACAGCGCCAUCGGCUCCCUCUAUCCUGUGUUCAGGCUCCCGCAGCAACUCCCCAGGAAGACGGGCUCUCCGCUGCCUCCAGGAAAGGAGAAGAGCCACACGGAGCUGGAGUGGGAUGACAGCUAUGACACCGGCAUCUCCUCAGGGGCGGACGUGGGCUCCCCCGGGCCUUAUGAUGAUCUGGAGAAUUCGGGCCCGCCGGCACCAGUCGACCCCCCCAGACACAUCCAGGAGAUGAAGAAGAACGCCAUCCUGCUCUUCAAAGGGUCCUACAUCGAAGAGUCCGACUUCCAGGAUGAUGUGAUGGUGUACCGGCUGUGUGCCGAGAAGGACUCUGAGGACACUAGGAAGGUACAGGCGGAAACCGCCAGCCCUGCAAGCCAAGCCCAGACUGAGGUUCAGGGUCCCGCCCUGAACAACGGCCCCCUGCCCAGCCCUCCGUCAGGCACGGAUUCAGAGGAGGAACACGGUAGGGACAAUUUAGACCUGUUUCCAAAUGCGUCCAAGGGACCGAAACAAGAAGAGGAGCUGGAAAUAGCCCCGCAACCGAGCCCGGAGUUAGCGUCUCCCAUCUCCGAGGCCGAACACGAUUCAAAGCCGACGGUCAUUAACCGAGGGGGUGAAGAUUUCAUCGCCCAGUAUGACCAAAUCAUUAAAGAACUGGAUUCGGGCCCUGAGGGCUUGACAGAAGAGAAUUUCCCCUCGCCUGCUGUCUUGCAUCUCAAGGGAGAGCAAGAGGGGAACGAAGAAGAGAGCAAAGGAGAAAAGGAGGACGAAGAGGAGGAGGCCGGGGAGAAGGCCCUGGAAGAGGAGGACGACUUUGAUUCUUUUAUAGCAGACGCUCCCACCAUCGACGCCGCGCCGUCCCCGUUUGGGGUGAGAGAUGAGACUGCCUUUGCCAGUCAGCCUCCCGUGAGGACUCAGAGCACCCCGUUCACAGGCCCAUUCAUCAGCGUGGUCCUGUCAAAGCUGGAGAACAUGCUGGAGAACUCUCUACAUGUUAAUUUGCUGCUUAUCGGGAUCAUCACUCAGCUAGCCAGCUACCCGCAGCCUCUCCUGCGCUCCUUUCUGCUCAACACCAACAUGGUCUUCCAGCCAAGUGUCCGCUCCCUCUAUCAGGUCCUUGCGUCUGUGAAAAACAAGAUUGAGCAGUUUGCUUCUGUGGAGAGAGACUUCCCGGGGCUCCUCAUACAAGCCCAGCAAUACCUGCUCUUCCGAGUGGACAUGUCUGACAUGACCCCUGAGUCACUAACCAAAGAUCCCAUUCAGGAUGCUUCCAGGACAGGAAUUGGCAAGAACCUUUUGGAUGGUCCCCCAAGAGUGCUUCAGCCCUUCCUGACAAACAGAGCCAAGGUGGCUGGGGUGCCCCCAAGCCUGCCCCUGCCGGUGAGGAACACCAUGCUGGCCGCUGCCCUCUUCCCAGAGUUCCUGAAGGAACUGGCUGCCUUGGCCCAGGAACACUCCAUUCUGUGCUACAAGAUCCUGGGUGACUUUGAGGACUCCUGUUGUUAG